AUGAUGCUGACCUCGGAGCCGGCCGCCCCGGCGGUGCCGCCGGCGCACCCCGAGCCCGCGCCGGGCGCCGGGGCCGCGGGCCCGGCCGGGAAGGAGGCGCUGAGCCGGGAGGAGCGGCGGCGGCGGCGGCGCGCCACGGCCAAGUACCGCACGGCGCACGCCACGCGCGAGCGCGUCCGCGUGGAGGCCUUCAACGCGGCCUUCGGCGAGCUGCGGCGCCUGCUGCCCACGCUGCCCCCCGACAAGAAACUGUCCAAGAUCGAGAUCCUGCGCCUGGCCAUCUGCUACAUCUCCUACCUGAACCACGUCCUGGACGUCUGACGGGUCCAUCUGU